AUGAUGCAAGCAGCUUCUUCUCAGUCUCAUCAGAACGGAGCCGUAUCCGGACCCGAGCAGCAGCAGCAGCAGCAGCAAAACCACGUGUCGUCGCUGCAAAGCAAACAGGAACCCGACAGCGACGACGGUAAUAACGUCUUACAGAGCGGGGACGAGAAUGAUCAAGAUGAUGACCACGACAGUACCGGCGCCGUGCGCAACGGGAAGCGUAAGAGGCCGAUUUCCGUAUCACGAAACUCGGUCUUUUGCGAAUAUCGCGAGCGCAAGAAGCCCGGUUUGAGAGCUGGCUACGGCCGGGAGCUGGAGCAGAGGCUCGAUAAACUAGAAGAGAUACUAAGAUCUCACUCCGAAAUCUUACAAUCUUCCUUUAUAAAUCACACCCAUCUUAACGUAGCGCCGAGCGUUCGAAACAGCAAUCCGAGUUUACCAAGCGAUCAAGGUACACCGCGCGAACCUAUAUCGCUAUUUCGACCAACCGAAUCUAUUAGAACUCCCCAAGCUGAGACGGCAUUAUUUUUACAAAAGCCUUCUACUUUCCACACAACAUCUCAACAUGUAGAUUUCGGCUUACCACCUCCCACCCCAUCUAUUCACUCCGUACACGAUGGAUUCCAAUCGCAGAUGUCCAUGGCCGGCAUUUCUCCCCCUAAUCAGUUGGGACCUAGUCUUCAACCGGGUCCCACGGCCCAGGAGUAUUACGGCCAGUCGCAACAGCCUUCCGUUCGAUCCCCCGGCGUCAGCGUAACCCAAGGCCAGACGCAGAUAUCGUCGGAUCAGGAUCUUCCACCGUACGAUUUGCUAUACGCGUUGGUAGAUUUAUAUUUUAAGCAUAUCAAUACGUGGUGCCCUAUUUUGCAUAGGAAAUCCACCCUAGAUUCGUUAUUUGGGCCUUCUACCUUAGAUGACACUGAUAAAGUGCUGUUACACGCUAUUGUGGCCGCUACUUUACGAUACUCGACGGAUGCACGACUUACGGAAGAGAAGAGGCGGCACUACCACGACGUAUCGAAGCAGAGGGUUCUACUCUACGGCAUGGAAAACUCGUCGGUUAAAGCGCUUCAGGCUCUGGUUAUUUUAGCGCUAGAUCUAUGCGGAAGCAGCAACGGCCCUCCCGGGUGGAAUAUAAUGGCGUUGAUCACUCGUUCCGUAGUGCAGUUAGGUCUAGCUGUGGAGACCAAUUCUCUUUCCGUAUCGCCUAGCUACGCUUCGAUAUACACUUUGCGAGCGAUGAUUUUACCGGAGCCGAAGGAUUUCAUCGAGGAGGAAUCGAGACGGAGACUGUUCUGGAUGAUAUACCUCCUGGAUCGAUACGCUACGAUAGCUACGGCCUUCGACUUCGCUUUGGGCGAUAAAGAGAUAGAUAGAACGCUUCCAUGCCGCGACGAUUUAUGGAUAAAGAAUCAAAAGGUGGAAACGAGGUGGUUUCGCACUCAAGAUCGCACUCAAGAUCGCCCUCCCGACUUACCGGAUCACGAACAAAAUAAACCCGAGAAUCUCGGCGCUUUUUCGUAUUAUAUCGAGAUCCUCGGCAUAUUAUCUAAAAUCCACGAGUUUCUGAAGCAACCCGUAGAUAUCGGUGCUCUUGGAGACGUAGAGCAGUGGCAGCUUCGAUAUAAAGAGCUCGAUAAUCUCCUCGCGUCCUGGAAAUUCGGUCUCCCGGGAGAAUACGGUAAUAUGGCCAAGCUAUUCCAACCGGGCGGCAGCAAGACUCUAAAUUGCGCUUGGGUUAUGCUUCACGCUACUUAUCACACUGCCGUGAUUCGACUACAUUCCUCGGCCGCGUAUCCGACUACAAGAUCACCUAUAUUUACCCCUUCGUACGGCGCAAGUCAGCGAUGUCUCGGCGCCGUAGAGAAUAUCGCCGCCCUAGGGGAGUUUGUCGUACAGAACGGCAUGCUAAAUAAGCUCGGCCCCCCUUUUGCUUUUACUCUAUGGGUAGCGGCGCGGUUACUACUCGUUCACGGCUCGACCGUGGAACAUAAACUAGCGCCGCAGAUUGCCUUCCUUGUCGACACGUUGCGCGACAUGGGUAGGUAUUGGCCGGUAGCGGGGAGGUAUUGCCAGCUGCUUCAGCGAGUUCUCGACGAACAUAGCGAUAGCGAGCGCGCCGUAGGUCAAACGGGCGAGCGUAUCACGCCGUCUUCCGUAAAGAUACUUGCGGAUAUGAGGAGAACCGCGUUCGACCUCGACUUUUUAAUCAGUCGCCAACCUCGUCACUUAGCGGGUGCGCCCAGCCGUCGACCGAGCGUAACUCCAGCGCGCACACCAGCGCCAAACGAGUUGGAAUAUUUGGACGUGUUCGACUUUUUCAACGUACCACGGUUACCAUUUAGUCACGAGGCGUCUUCCGGCCCGCAAAAUUCGAUAGAGAUGAGCUCGGAUAGCGCGCCGAAUAACGAAGGAGGCGGUAUGAGUAAUUCCAACGGAGCCUCAAACGAAUUUAAUAUCACGAAUUUUAUGGUUGAUGCAAAUAGCGAUUGGCUCUAUAAACAGCCCAACUAA